AUGAUUGACCUGUCAGUAAUUGCAUGGCGAAUGCCAGAGUGGAUUUCAGCAUAUGGUGGACUACGGACAGAUAAUGUCUUAGAAUAUUUUGCACAGUCUCCAUUCUAUGACCGGCAUUCAAAUAAUCAGCUACUAAAAAUGCAGACACAAUUCAGUACUCUAGGAGACCUACAAGGCCAUUUGAAAAAAAUGCGUGGAAUUGAAUUUGUUAUAUCGGCUAACUAUGAUCCUGAUGCAUGGGUAAUUUACAAGCAACACCGUACAAGUGAGCAUGAUGCUACAAUCCUUGCUGCAUAUUUUAUUGCAAAUGAAAGCAUUUAUAUGGCACCUAGUAUUCAUGCAGUUAUUGCAUCUCGCAUGCUUAAUAUCAUUCUAUCUCUUCGACUUGCACGAUCAUUAGUUCAUGAACUGCAUCAAUUUUCUUCAGACUUGGGAUACUCAUAUACACCAACACGAACAUCAGCAGGCUCAAAAGAAGAUACGUCUAUACACGACAAGUCAAACCAGCAAAUGCUCAAAGCACUUGUAGAUGCAAUGCGCGAACGACAUCAUAUUCAUUUACAACAUCAUGAUAGUUUAGUGCCUAAACAGCUCGAAAGCAAUACACAAGAUAAAGCAAAACAAAAUGAAACAAUUGUUUUAAAAAAAAAGAAAAAAACAGACAAAAAGAGCAAAAGCCCCUCAUCAUCACAGCCAUAA